UAAACUAUUAACGUUAUCUAUAAAACGACUGUUGAAAUAUGAUUAGAAAACACUUAUCUAAAAGUACUAUGAACACUGAUGACAUCGAUUAAUUUUCUUAUACGUUAGUAGCCUUGUUAUUAGUGCGAGUUCGACUAUACUGCCGAAAAAUGUUAGAUAUAAAAAUCGAACAACGUGUUAACAUUAAAUUUCUUGUUAAAUUAAAAAAAACUGCCGCGGAAUCGUUUCGUAUGUUAUGUGAAGUUUAUGGCGAAGAAUGUUUAUCAAAAGCUCGUGUUUUUGAAUGGCACAAACGGUUUUGUAGUGGAAGGAAGGACGUCGAAGACGAUGAUCGUUCUGGACGUCCUACCACGUCUUCAACAAACGAAAAUGGGUUCCUAGUGGGCAAACAGUCAAUCAAUAUUAUUAUAAAGAGGUAUCAAUUAAAUUAAAAGAACGUGUCAGAAAGAAGCGACCAGAUCUAUGGAAAAAUGGCUGGGUUCUUCACCAAGACAAUGCUCCAGCUCACAGUGCAUUUUAAAUUCAACGUUUUUUAACUGAAAAAAAAAUUUCUGUACUUCAACAUCCCCCGUACUCGCCAGACCUUGCUCCUUGCGACUUCUUCUUAUUCCCAAAAAUUAAAAGUUUAUUAAAAGGAACCCAUUUUCAAACAGUUGAUGACGUAAAAAUGAAAACGGCAGAACUUCUAAAAGGGCUGAAUGAAAGCGAUUGGCAACACUGUUUUCAAGAAUGGCAGCGACGUAUGCAACAGUGUAUUGAUGCUUA